UAUCACUCACCGUACUUUCUCAUCUAUUUUAUUUUCCUUCCUUUUUUUCUGUGCUUCUCCUUCCCUCCUUUUCCUCUUCUUCAAUCACAUCUCUCAAAAUACCUUUCCCUUCUCUUCCGCAAUAUUCAAUCUCUUCUUCAAUCGCCAUAAAUCCCUUCACAAUUCCUUUGACCUCUCUGUUUCCAACUCUUUCACUUCAAUUUCUUUUUGAUUCCUUGCUAUGAACUACUGUAUCACAGGGAUUGGAUUCUUUUCAUCUUCUAAAUUCCAUCGUUUCCUCUUUUACUCAUCUUUGCACUCUCUGACAAUUCCGAUUUAAACAUCCUUUUCUUUCUCCUUUUCUGUUUACUUCCAGAAAUUACACUAUCUUGCUCUCCCCCCAAAAGACAGAAGAACCCUUUUUUGUUCGUUUUGGGGAUUGGGGUUUUGCUUACUCACUAACUUCUGUUUCUUAGAUUCUUCCUUCUCUACAUAUUUUCGGAUUUUUUUUUUCAGAAAGUGAAAUUUGAAGUAUUUUCGGCGGUCUGGAGUUGGGUUUUUGAGCUUUUCUUUCUUUUAUUUGAGGCUUGAAGGUUUUUCUUCAUCGCCGUGUUUAAUUCCAAGUUGGUGGAUCUGAGAUGGUGUUUGGAGAUUGAAAUCGUAUCAAGGAUCUAGGAAUUGCGGAUUGGUAGUUCAACUGUUCUUAUACGGUUAGUGUUUUGGAUUGGGCUUUGAGUUGUGGUGAUAAAAGGGUUAAUCGCGAGGGCUUUAAUUCCAUUCGAGCUAGAUCAUGGAGCAUGUAAUCGGUGGGAAGUUUAAGCUGGGCCGGAAGAUUGGAAGCGGAUCCUUCGGUGAACUGUAUUUGGGUACUAAUGUGCAAACUGAGGAGGAAGUGGCUGUUAAGCUGGAAUCUGUGAAAACCAAGCAUCCUCAGCUUCACUAUGAGUCAAAACUAUAUAUGCUUCUUCAAGGAGGAACUGGUAUACCUCAUCUCAAAUGGUUUGGAGUUGAGGGUGAGUAUAAUGUUAUGGUUAUUGACCUCCUUGGGCCAAGCCUUGAAGAUCUGUUCAACUACUGUAAUAGGAAACUGUCCUUGAAAACAGUAUUGAUGCUUGCUGAUCAGUUAAUAAACAGAGUUGAGUACAUGCACUCGCGGGGGUUCCUUCACCGCGACAUAAAGCCUGACAACUUUCUAAUGGGGUUGGGGCGGAAGGCUAACCAGGUAUAUAUUAUCGAUUAUGGUCUUGCAAAAAAGUAUCGGGAUCUUCAAACACACAAGCAUAUACCAUACAGAGAAAAUAAGAAUCUCACAGGAACAGCUCGCUAUGCAAGUAUUAAUACCCAUCUUGGAGUUGAGCAAAGCAGAAGGGACGAUCUUGAAUCUCUCGGCUAUGUGCUUAUGUAUUUUCUCAGGGGAAGCCUUCCCUGGCAGGGUUUGAGAGCAGGGACCAAAAAGCAAAAAUAUGAUAAGAUUAGUGAAAAGAAAAUGCUCACUCCUAUUGAGGUCCUCUGCAAAUCUUUUCCAAUGGAAUUCACAUCAUACUUCCACUACUGCCGAGCCCUAAGAUUUGAAGACAAACCAGAUUAUUCGUAUCUGAAGAGGCUUUUUCGCGAUCUUUUCAUUAGAGAAGGUUACCAAUUUGACUACGUGUUUGACUGGACUAUAUUGAAAUAUCCCCAGAUCGGCUCCAGUUCAAGGACUCGACCAACUGGGAAAGCCGCUGUAAACCCUGGACCAUCUGCUGAAAGAGUGGAGAGACCUUUAGUGGGACAAGAUCUCCGCGAUAAAUUUUCGGGUGCCGUGGAGGCUUUUGCUAGAAGGAAUGGCACUGGACAUGGUCUACACAGUGAUCACUCCAGACACAGAUCCUCUGAUGAUGUGCCUUCCUCCAAGGAUGUGCAACCGGAUUCGGAAAGAGCACGGAGUUCUUCUCGACAAGGGAGUGCUUCUAAGAGACCUAUCUUAUCCAGCAGCCGGCCUAGCUCCUCUGGGGAGCCAAGUGAACUCCGCUCAAGCCGACUUUUCUCAAGCAGCAGUCGUCUGUCUGCUUCUACUCAACGAGUUGAGCCAAAAUCAUCCUUCCUCCGUUCUUCGGUUACAAAAGGCAGCCACGAUGAUGCCCUUCGAAGCUUUGAACUAUUAUCGAUUGGCACCGGAAAGAAGAAAUAAGAAGCAAUCAUCGGGUGAGGGAAUGCAUGCUUUCUCUGUUGUUCCCGUUGGAUUGCAUCAAUAUGAUGAUGAUUUCUAACAAUUGUAUGGUGUCUUCAUAUUCAUCUCUGGAUUCCAUCCUCAGGUAUGGAACUUAAAAAAACUCUCUCCCACCUCCCCUGCCUCCCCCGACCCGCCCCCAGUAUGUAUAUGUGCCUCUUCAGGGGUUCAUAUCAGUUUAUAUAAACCUUUUAGACCAUGAAACAGAGAGAAAUUAACAAAGCUCCGGGAAAUUGUUGAUACAUUUGAGGCAGCUGUAACUGUAAUAAGUACCUCUAGCAUAUUCAUUCUUUCAUGGUAAAGAGUUUCGACAUGAACCCGGGAGACUUCGAUGAUAAUGAUGCAACGGAUGGAGAUGACUCCAGCGAUGUUUUUUUUUGUUCUUGGAUGAUGAAUAGAAAGAAACCUCAGCUUUAACUUUCUUGUGUUAAUUAUACAUCUGCUGCUGCUACUGUUACUGUUUUCUUAUGAGGAUCUGAUUUUCCAAUGACUUUUACUUUCCCUUUCAAUUUCAAAUAAUAUGCCUGUAAUGGGAAGAACAAAUAUUUGCCUUUAUGGAUGAUAGUGUGCUUUCGAACAGUUCAAA